AUGUUCCGGCUACCUUUUAGCAGAAUACCAGAAAUGUCCGGUGAUCAGAAGCCACCUCCUACCAGCACCGAGACAAUCAAGCUUCGAGGCGAAAUCAUCUUCAUCCCAACCAACGAAACCUACGCAGAAAGUGACUCACACCUCCUUGAACCCACCCUCCGCACCCUAUCCAUACACCUCUAUCUCUGGGACGACCGACUGGUCCUUUCCGGUCGUCAAUUCCUACAAUGGAGAUGCAGUCAUAAAUUCAGAGUCGUGAUCAGACGAGACGGCGACUCGGGACCUUUGUUUGAAUCUUUGAUAGAGUUUGAUCGGUCUCCGGAUACGAGUUGGAGGACUUUAAGGGCCGAGAUCGAGAUACCGACGCGGAUGCAUUGGGAGGAUAAAGUGCGUUGCAAAGUAGGUUCUGACGGGAAUAUGCCGGUGUAUGAUGUUCGAGGUGUGGUGUUGGGUCACAAAGAGAUGAGGAUUCAGUUCAUGGCUUUUGGGAAUACAGAGGACAAUGGUCCCAGAUUGAUGCACAUAUACAAAGACGACGAUUGGAAUAGAGAGCGCGAGAUUUUGGCUGGUCUUGGUUUCGACAAGUCCGUUAUGGCUGGUCUUGAGGAAUUGUAG